AUGCGUCGCGCUGCCGCGCGCCUCUGCCCUGCCAGCAUGCCGCGCGUCUCUGCCCUGCCCGCGCGCUCGCCUCUGCCCUGCCCGCGCGCGCGCCUCUGCCCUGCCCACGCCGUGCGCCUCUGCUCUGCCCGCGCGCGCGCCUCUGCCCUGCCCGCGCGCGCGCCUUUGCCCUGCCCGUGCGCGCGCCUCUGCCCUGCCCGCGCGCACCGUGCUGCUCUGCUACUAGCGCGCCCGACUGCUCUGCCUGUUAUGGCGACUCUCAACGUUCUCACAUUCGAUUCGGAGGGCCGCCCCAUAGUGUUCGCUGCAUGGCUAGACGAUUUACAGCUGUUGCUGCUGACAGACUCUAAGGACGGUACCUCGCUGUUCGACCUCACUUCUGGCGCCUCGCCCGCCCCUGACGCCACAGCUGACAGUGCGACCCGCUCAAAGUGGCUUACCCGUGACGCUGCUGCUCGCCUAGCCGUUCGCAAUCACCUGCCGUUAGCCGAACGCGCCCACUUUGGCCAGCAUAAGACAGCGAAAGCACUGUACGACGCUGUAGUCGCUCGUUACUCCUCCCCGGCCACUGCUGCUCUAGGCCGCCCUCUCCUGCCCUACCUGUUCCCAGACCUGUCCGCCUUUGCCACAGUAGCCGACCUAGUCACUCACCUCCGCACUAGAGACACUCGCUACCGUGCUGCGCUCCCCGCCGCGUUUCUCGACAAGAAAUCCCCUCCCAUGUACAUCACGCUCUACUUCAUAGUCACCCGCCUCCCUGACUCUCUUAUUGCAGUCAGGGACCUCCUCCUAGCACUUGACCCCACCGACCUCAAUGUCGACCUGCUCGAGAAGCACCUCCUAGCAGCUGAGACUAGCAUAGUCGCUGAGCUGCGUCUGCCCCUAGUGGGAGGCGCCGCAGCGGCAGGGGCAGGGGAGGAAGGAGCGGUGGGGGUGGCAGAGGUGCAGGUGGUGGUGGGGGCGAUGGAGGCGGUGGAGGGGGCGGCGGUGGAGGAGGUAGUGGUGGUGGGGGUGGCGGGGCAGGUGGCGGCGGUGGUGGCGGUAGUGGGAGUGGUGGUGGCAGCGGUGGUGGCGGCAGUAGUGGCGGUAGUGGGGGUGGCGGCGGCGGCAGUGGGGGCGGCAGGGGUGGCACCGGCCAGAGGGGAGGCCUUGGAGGUGGCCAGCGGCAGCACUAGCGUUAGCCUCUUUCGUCUCAGGAGCUCCGUGAGUGGUUUGCUCAGCGUGGGGCGGCUGGGGGUAGUGGUCCCUGCCCACCCAGGUAUAGAGGCUGUUGCUCUAGGUGCUAGUGAGUCUGCUGCCCUAGGUGCUGGUGAGUCUGCUCUCUCUGGUACUGCGUCUGCUGCGGCCUUGCACACCUUCACGCUUGACUCAGGUGCCUCCCGCUGUUUCUUUCGCGAGAGUACCACAGUCACACCGCUUACUGCACCUGUUGCUAUGUCCUUGGCUGACCCCUCUGGGGGCCCAGUCCUUGCACGUCCCUCCACUGUUCUGCCCUGUCCGGCGGUUCCGUCUAGGGUGCCUCCCCUCCCACCAUCGCCUGCCCCUCCCUGCCUUCCCUGUGUCGAGGGGCGGCAGCGCGCCGCUCCUCACUCCACCUCGUUCCCCUCGACAGAGGCUCCCCUGCAGACUCUCCACCUGGACGUGUGGGGCCCAGCCCGCGUCCGUGGACAGGGCCACGAGCGGUACUUUCUGCUGGUUGUCGACGACUACUCGCGUUACACCACGGUCUUCCCCUUGCGCCGCAAGGGGGAGUUCCCUGAUGUUCUGAUCCCUUGGAUCCGUGCUGUUCGUCUCCAGCCCCGCGAGCGAUUCGAGACGGACCUUCUAGUCCUGCGUCUGCACUCUGACAGAGGUGGUGAGUUUUCCUCUGACCUCUUACGGGCCUUUUGUCGUGCGGAGGGCAUUCGCCAGACGUUCACGCUUCCGGCCUCUCCGCAGCAGAACGGGGUUGCUGAGCGCCACAUUGGCUUAGUCAUGGAGGUCGCUCGUACCUCCAUGAUCCAUGCGGCUGCCCCCCAUUUUCUGUGGCCGUUUGCAGUCCAGUACGCUGCGCAUCAGCUCAACCUCUGGCCCCGUGUCUCCUUGCCGGAGACCUCGCCCACACUGCGUUGGACGGGGGAGGUUGGCGAUGCGUCGGUGUUCCAGGACGUCACGUUUGACGAGUCGGUUCCCUUUUACCGUCUCUUCCUCUACCGCACUGCCCCUCUCCCUCCCCCGCCGCUCUUCCUAGCACCAGGUCCUCCUCCAAUAGACCCCCUCCCCCCUCAGGGUCCUGCUCCCUCAGGUGUGUCCCAGGUAGAUCCUGUCGAGCCUGUCGAGGUAGCUGUCGACUCUGGUGCUGCUAGAGGUGGUGCGUCUGGGGGAGCUGAGCCUGCGGGUGCGGGGCCUGGGGGUGCUGAGCUUGAGCGUGCAGAGCCCGGGCGUGCUGAGCCUGGGGGUGCUGAGUCUGAGGGUGCGAAGCCUGGGGGUGCUGAGCCUGGGGUUGCUGAGUCGGAGGGUGCGGAGCCUGGGGGUGCUGAGCCUACGAGUGCGGAGCCUGGGGGUGCUGAGCCUGAGCGUGUGGAGCCUGGAUGUGCUGAGCCUGAGGGAGCUGAGCCCGAGUGUGCUGAGCCUCGAGGCCCUUCGGGUGUCUUUUCGUGGCCGGAGUCACUCUCUUCACUGCAGCUGCGCGAGUGGUUUGCUCGGCGCUGGAGCCUCCGGAGUGGUGCUGCUGGAGCUGGAGCUUCUGGAGGUGCUGGAGCCGCUAGUCCCGGAGGUGCUCGUACAGGAGGUACUGGAGCUGCUGGGGCUGGCGGUCCUACUGGAGCUGCUGGAGGUGCUGGUGCUGCUGGAGCUGGUGCUGCUGGAGGUGCUGCAGGUGCUGGAGCUAGUGGUGCUCAGGAGUUGGAGCUGGAGACCCUGGAGCUGGGGGCGCUGGAGCUGUCUCUGCUGUCGCAGUCGCAGUUACAGCCAGCCUCCCCACUGCCUGGUCCUUCUCUUUACACUGGGCCGACCGGAGGCCUUGCAGAGCGUCGUGAGCCUGCGUCUCGUCCUGCGUCGCCUGUUCGCGCUGCUCGCACUAGUCGUCGUGUUCCGCGUCCGCGUCCUCUUCCUGUCCACGGCACGCACCAGAUGGCACUUGGUCCUUCCUCUGUUCCACUGCGUGUCCCUCUGCCGUCUCCUCCUGCGUCCUCCCUUGCUGACAGUCCGGACCCGGAGUCUGACUCCCUUCGUGCUGCUAGUCCUACUGUCACGCGUCUCCUUGCCACUGUUGUCACGGACCCUUCAUUUGAGUCCACUGCUGCGCCUGCCUUGGUUGCUGAGCUUGUCGACUUUGCUGCUCGUUGUUGUCUAGACUACGUCGCUAGCCUUGUUGCUGAGUCUGAGUCUGUAUGUCCUCCGUCCGUCGGGGGUGAGUGUGCUCUUGGCACGGACGUCCUUGAGGACAGGCAAGAGGACUUUGAGUGCUUUGCAGCUGCUGUACCUCAUCUCGUGUCCAUGCUGAUUGCACCUGAGGGAGACCCGGAUGCACCAGACAUCCCGACUCCGCUUUCUUACGCUGAGGCGAUUGCGGGUCCCUACUCCUCUCAGUGGCAGUCAGCCAUAGACGAAGAGAUGGCAUCCUGGAAGUCCACAUGCACUUACGUCGACGAGGUUCCCCCUCCUGGGGCGAACAUUGUCGAUGGCAUGUGGAUUUUCAGGGUGAAGCGGCCGCCGGGUUCUCCGCCUGUCUCCAAGGCACGUUACGUUGCACAAAGCUUCAGUCAGCGACAGGGAGUUGACUUCUUCCAGGGAGUUGACUUCUUCCAGACCUUCUCCCCUUCUUCGGGUGCUGCUGCACGUCGCCGCUUAGCGUGA